UCGAUGGAAAUCAUGGAAGAAGACAAUGAUCACACGACCAAGGAUGGAACAGUGGAUAUACGUAACAAGCCUGCUAAUAAAACUAAAACUGGAACAUGGAGUGCCUGCCCGUUUAUUCUUGGCACGGAGGGAUGUGAGAGGUUGGCGUACUACGGUUUGAGCACUAAUUUAGUGAACUAUCUUCGUCAACAGCUCGACCAAAAUAAUGUCACGGCAUCAAAGACUGUCACGAAUUGGCAAGGAACCUGCUACGCCACACCUUUGCUGGGUGCCUUCCUCGCUGAUUCCUACCUCGGAAGAUAUCGAACCAUUGCAUGUUUUUCUACCAUUUAUGUCCUCGGAACGGCUUUGUUAACUAUGUCUGCUUCCAUCAAGGGGCUAAAACCAACGUGUGAUACAGAGGCUUGCUACCCGACAUCGAUGCAAUCUGCAGUAAGCUUUGUUGCGCUCUACCUAAUUGCUUUUGGAACUGGUGGGAUCAAACCCUGCGUCUCCUCCUUCGGGGCUGACCAAUUUGAUGACAACGACCCAAAGGAAAAGGAAACCAAGAGUUCCUUCUUCAACUACUUUUACCUGUCAAUCAAUUUGGGUGCUCUGUUUGCUUCCUCGGUUCUUGUGUGGCUUCAAACCCAUGUGGGAUGGGAAUGGGGGUUUGGCGUUCCCGCGGUCACCAUGGCAAUUGCAGUGUUGUGCUUCUACGCAGGUACUCGCCUUUAUAGGUUCCAAAAACCCGGAGGAAGUCCCCUCACUCGAAUAUUGCAGGUUUUGGUUGCAUCUAUUGCGAAAGCCCGCAUAAGAGCCCCUGCUGAUAAGUCUCUUCUUUAUGAGACUACCGAUGUAGAAUCCAACAUCAGGGGGAGUCGCAAACUCGAGUACACCUAUAAGUUUAGGUUCUUUGACAAGGCUGCAAUUGAAACCGAACAUGAAAGGGGGAGAGGAAGAGUGACUCCAUGGAAUUUGUGCACCGUGACACAAGUGGAGGAGUUAAAAUGCAUCGUUAGCAUGAUCCCCGUAUGGGCCACCGGAAUAGUCUUCUCCGCCGUGUACAGCCAAACGAGCACCAUGUUCGUGCUGCAGGGCAACCGCAUGGACCAGCACCUCGGACCGAACUUCAAGAUCCCCUCCGCGUCGCUCAACAUUUUCGACACCAUCAGCGUCAUCUUCUGGACGCCCGUCUACGACCAGAUCAUCAUCCGCAUCGCCCGACACUACACCGGAAAAGAACGAGGAUUCACCACCCUCCAGAGAAUGGGGAUCGGCCUAGCGAUCUCCAUACUCGCCAUGGUCUCCGCCGGAGUUCUCGAGCUUUUCCGGCUUGACUACGUGAGGAAGCACAACGGCUACGAUCUGGAGACGAUCCCCAUAUCCAUCUUCUGGCAAAUCCCGCAGUAUUUUCUGGUGGGGUGCUCGGAGGUCUUCACAUUCAUCGGACAGCUGGAGUUCUUCUACGAUCAGGCGCCGGACGGCAUGAGAAGCUUAUGCGCUGCCCUGGCUCUGAUGACCAACGCCUUGGGAAACUAUCUUAGUACGCUCCUGGUUAUGGUGGUCACUAAGGUGACGACUCGCCACGGGCAGCUUGGGUGGAUUACGGAUAACUUGAACCGCGGCCAUCUCGACUAUUUCUACUGCCUUUUGGCUAUCCUCAGCUUUGUUAACUUCCUUUUUUACAUCUGGAUUGCUAAGUCUUAUACUUACAAGAAGGUGGUUCGAUGA